CAGCAUAAAUGCUUCAUUUGUUCUUAACGAGCAAAUAGAAACCUCGACGCUGAUUGGCUGUACGAAAGGUUAUCUUGAGGCUUCCAUGUGAGGGUUAAUCAGAUCUUCAUAUAACAUAUCUCGGUAACAGAUGUGAUUUUUUUGUAAGAGUCUAAUUGCUGUUUGUGGUUGUUUGGUCAGCAUGUUAGGUACCCUAUUCCUCAUGGCGCUGGUAGCCGGGUCUUCAAGCGGACAGGGUGCAACUGAAUGCAGUACCUCGGCUCGUGCUGAUAUUGUGUUCGUGUUGGACUCCUCCGGAAGUGUGGGUACAGCGAAUUUUGCCACUGAAGUGUCCUUUGUGUCCGACUUCGUCCAAGGGUUUCCUGUGGGUCCCUCCGCUGUGCGCUUUUCUGUGGUCGUUUUCUCCACAAGUGUAACAAAUCAAUUCAACCUUGAUCAACAUGACAGCCGUACUGAUCUUAUUACGGCAAUUGAAGCUGUGAGUUACAGCGGUGGUGGAACGAACACAGCGAGUGCACUCUCCUUUGUCCGAAAAAACAGUUUUCUAUCCGUUAAUGGGGCUCGCAUCGGUGUGACGCAGGUAGUCAUCGUAAUCACAGAUGGUCGAUCGUCGAACAAGGCUCAGACGGCUUCAGAAGGAAGUUUGUUGCACCAAGCAGGCAUCAAGGUCAUUUCUAUUGGCGUUGGAAGUGGUGUUGAUAUGGAGGAGCUCCGAGCAAUAGCAUCCAACAACAACUUCGUAUUUUCAGCUACUGACUUCAGUGCAUUGGGUAUUGUCAAAGGGGAAAUACAGAAUAUAACAUGUACGGAAAUUGCAGUCGAUGAACAAUGCGGCAAAGCUGCCCUGCCAGUAACAUCACGCAUCCUGAAUGCCCCCAUCGCUGGACUGUGUGAGUGGCCGUGGAUGGUGUCUGUGAGGCUCGGGCCUGGCGACAUCCCUGCACACAGGUGUACGGGGGCUCUCAUCGGGAAGAGGAGGGUGAUCACAACCGCCUCUUGUGCCUCCAGGUACGUCCCACACUCUGUUAUUGUUGGUGAGAACAACCUGCUGUUAGACAACGAAGCCCUGAAUGGGAACAACUUUGAAGUGGUUGUUAAGGUCAACAAAACCGUCAUCCAUCCACUUUAUGCAGGGAAAGAUAACGAUAUCGCAGUUCUACAUCUAGCGGAAGACGUAGUCUUCAACAGAUGUGUCCUUCCCGCCUGCCUCCCUGCACCACGGGAUAACCAAUGUGAAGACGCCACCAUGGAGACGUGUACCUUUGCUGGAUGGGGAAUAUACAGUAAGGUGACGCUGUCUCUCUCCCGUCGACUGCGAGUGACCAAGGGCAGGAGUCUCAAUCCUACGGUUUGUAAUGCCGUCUACACACAUGUGAAAAACUACAGCCCACCUGAAAACACAGUCUGCCUAGUGCCAGAUAUCCCUACACAGGUGCCAUGUCAGGGAGACGAGGGGGCCAUGGUCAGCUGUUUGGUACAAGGCAAAUGGAUUAUUCAGUCCCUUAUCAACUAUCCCAGCUGCUCCGCCAGUUUCCCGUCCCUCGGUGUCGACCUCAGACACCCAGACAUUAUCAACUUCAUCAAAAGUAACUGAUCAAACCAACCGUGUUUCUCGAUAGAUCGCAUGGAAUAAAGAGAUGUGCUGCCUUAAA